UUGGAUUUCUUUCCGAACUCCAUCACACCAACAUCCUACUUUCUCUUAUGAUUUCAUUUUAGUUCAUUGUCUCUAGAUCAGUUUCCUUCCACAAAAUUAGUAUCUAUCAUCAAUUAUGGUUGCUUUUCUUCUAUUCUCUUCUCCUACUUUCCCUUUUCUUCUUUUUCCUUUAUUAUUAUCUGUACACACGCUAUCUGGUGUCACACGUAUCUAGUUAUGCCGCAUCUUCCAUGGCGUUAUAUUUCUUUUUUUUAUCUGGGUGGGGGUGGCUUCCAGCUGAAUGAGAUGGGAGAGCCCAUCGCGACCUUUGGUUGUUACCCUCACCCUUUCAUCAAAUCAACAAAUUCAACAUCUUCAGCGAGCGUUACUGCUUCGAAUCGAUCAAUUUUUUUGGACCAAUACGAUAUGCCAACCAACCAGUGAUCUUCAAUCUCAUAUCGACAACAAGGAUCCAGCCACUCUGCCUUACUUCGUCCAAUUUAAUCAUAUCAAGUCGAACUUCAUAACCAUCCAUGUCAACUUAUCCAGUCUCACCGUGCCCAGUCGAUCCAAAAAACGCUGGUCGGUUAUGGAUUCCGUCUUUCGCACCCACAACAGUAGUAGCAGUAUUCGUUUGAUACGCUUUUAACACUUCAGGAAACACACACAGACAUACUACGACACCCAUCAGAUGGCCAAGAAAAGAAGAACGUCCUCCGUCAGCGGCGAACCGUCCACGCACGCCGAAUUGCCGACCAACAAACCCAAGAAAAUCAAAUGGUCUGAGGAUCAAGUCAAGACUAAAAAUUCGAAGGAUGGCAACAAACUCAAGAAGGAGCGCUCACCGGAUAAGAAGAAGACCUUGCCUUGGAAGGAUCCAAAGAAGAAAGAGCCCGCAACAGAGCCGGACCAGAGAAAGUUCAAUAAACCCAAAAACCAACCCUCCGACCCUCCACGACUCCCAACUUCGACUGCAGACGAGAUCGAUUUUCCCCGUGGUGCAAAAGGGAAAAAGCGUGCACAGGACGAGGAACCCGGUAGCCAUAUCGCAGAUGCCUAUCGAGUCGAACAUCUCAACCACAAACGUCUCAUCCCCGGGAUCAAGCUUGCUGGCAUGAUCACCAAGUCCGACCGCUCGAACUUAUCAUUGACCGAAACAGCUGAAGACGACGAAGGAUCGGUUGCAAGUAAUAGCGAUAGUGAUCGGACGGAAAACGCGCUAAGGGGCUUAGAUGAGAUGUUUACCGGCAGUCUUCGAGCAUCUCCGCUGGUCCGUUCUGCAUUGAAGGUCACCCUAACCAUCGAUCCCGUCCACAUCAACUCUGGAAUCGAUAAAUCCGAUUUGCAAGGCCGUAUGACCCUCACUGGCGCUGUGAAGUCGAUCGAAGACCGGGGCUACAUCAUCGAUCUUGGAAUUUCAGUUGAUUCAAACGUCGACUCCGCUACAUCUCAGGCAUCUGCGAACAACCUCACUGCAUUUAUAUCCUUCGCCGACGCUACGAAAGCUACCGGAGUCAACCACCAAGAUGAACCAUCGCUCCAAUGGGAAGUGGGCCAAGUCCUCUGGUGCAGAAUCAAUAAACUCUCCGAAAACGGUGCAACAUGCAUGGUCUCAGUCAAUGCUCAAGAUAUCUCUCGAUCAGUACUGACUGCGGCUACCAACAUCGAUUCCAUACUGCCUCUACACAUGGUCUCGUGCCUGAUUACCUCAGUGAUACCCGGUCAAGGCCUCAAUGUAACCUUGCUGGGAUUCUUCAAGGCUACAAUUCAAGUCCCCCACCUCGAAUGUCACUCAACAACUGGAGUCGAUCUGAGUGAAAAAUUUAAGGUCGGGCAGAAGCUUCGUGCCCGGGUGUUAUGGGAUACGAUCCCUUCGAAGAACCACGUUUCGCUUGAAGGAAAUGAGUCCUUGCUAGGACCUAAAAUCUUCAGUUUGAGCAUAUUCGAUCAUGUCGUUAAGCUUGACACUCCCGGCCUGCCGACUCACCUACAGAAUGGAGAGCGAACCAGAUGCGACAAAAUCGACCAGCUGCUCCUGUAUCCAAUCGGCUACACUUUUCAGACAGUCCGGAUAUUCCGUGUUGACGAGGAAUGGGGAGUAUAUGCAACUUGUGUUAACGGUGAAGACGGACUUCCAAUCGAGAUCGAUCCUCCAGUUGCCUUUGCGCAUAUCGCUGCCAUCUCGGAUUCCUUCCUGUCUUGCCUCUCAAAAGAUAGUGGCCCUUACAAAGUAGGCACAACUCACAAAGCCCGAGUCACUGGGGUAUCUCCAGUCGAUGGCGUUCUACAGUUAACCCUGCAGCCCUCGGUGGUCGAGCAAGCCUACAUGCGCUCUGAAGACAUUCCGAUCGGUGCAUUGAUGAAUGGCACAAUCAAAAAGCUCACUGCCACCAAUCUCAUUGUACGCAUCGAAGGAGGCCACGACGCUGUUGUUUGGCCCGACCAUUAUUCAGAUGUCAAGCAUGCCCAUCCUGAGAAAAAGUUUGCACCAGGGGCCAAAGUAAAGGCUAGGGUUCUUUACACAAAUCCGGACAGAGAUCAAAUCGUCUUAACGCUACGGAAAACACUCGUGCGAGCCGAUGAAAUCAUUACCUCUUACGAGUCAGCCUCAGUGGGUACAUGCGCCUGGGCGAUGAUAACGAAGGUCGAGGAAAAGUUCAUGCUCAUUGAGUUUUUCGGCCAUACUAAAGGUUUGGUUCCCAGAGCUGAAGCAGAGGCGGGAUACGUCGAAUCAAUGAAGCCAAUCUUCACGCCUGGCAGGCUAGUCAAAGUGAAGAUUAUUAAUGUUGAUGUUGAAAAACGUCGCAUUUUGGCGAGCGUCAAGCGUUCAACCUCUGGUGAAGCUUCGAAACUCUCAACGGUUAUUGAUGUUGGAGAUCAAGUCUCGGCCUUUGUCACAGUGAUUCGUAAUGCAUUUAUCCAACUGGACUUACGCCACACCAACGCCGACCCCAGCAGUAGCGAACCAGUCAAAGGACUAAUAAGUGUUGAAAUUCUUGCUAAAAAGUACGACAUCAGCCCUGAAGCGCUGAAAAAUCAGUUGAAGGCAGGCGAUGAGGUGAAAGAUUUGAUUGUUCACACGAAAGACAAAGAAAAAGAACUCUUGAUGGUUGGGUACAAAUCUGCAUCGAUACCUCAAGAACAGAUGACUGGCCCGAUACGAUUUAUCCAUGACAAGAAUCUUGUCCUGAACCUGCGCAAAGUACAUCAGGCGCCAUCGAGUGAAAGCUAUGUUGAAGGCUUUCUACCAAUUCACUUACUUGCCGAGCAUCGAAAAACCCCCAUCGAUACGUUGAAAGCCCAACUUUCCAUCGGAGAAGAGAUCACGGGGUUACGGCCGAUUCACAAAGACCCCUCUCGAGGCCUAUUGAUCGUUGGUUUUCCGAACUCUGACCCUGGCAAAUUUUCCUUCACUUCACCUCAGCCAGAGACACUUUCGGUUUCAGAUCGUGUUGUAGGUCGAAUUUUUAACAUCUUAGACACAAGUAUAACUUUAAGUCUACGUAAAGAAGGUACUGAAGGAUAUGCCAAAAGCCGAGGCAUCAUUACACCUAGUCAAUUGGCCAAACACCGCCAGAUAUCCGAAGAACAGCUGCGAUUGGAGUUAAAGCCCGGUGAUUAUAUCUAUGACCUGAUUGUUCGGAAGAAAGCGGAGGAAAUCGACUGUUAUCAUUUGGGGUUUGCCCCUUCUGAAAAGGCUGUCCCAACUAUCGAGCUAUCAGUUGGCGAUCCCGUCAUCGGCACAAUCGAGGCCAUUCACGAGAAAAACGUGAUACUCUCUUUGCAAAGAGAAGGGUGCGAAACCAACGGAGCCGACGUCAUCAAUCAAGGGCUCAUUUCAGUGCAGGUACUGACUGGUCAUCGCAACGUAAACGAGAAAAAUCUUAAACAAAAACUGAAAGAAGGCCAGAAGGUUACAAAGCUGGUGGUUAAGAAGACCGACACCGGUAGGGGCCUCGUCAUCGUGGGCUUCGCCUCUCCUCACUUCCCACUCCCGCCUUCUCACAGUGAAUUUGCGGUCGGCAAAACCCUAAGAGUUCGCGUUAGCGGUAGAGAUGCCAAUGGUCUGACUGUGACGCCCGUCGACACCUCACCAGUGGAAGCACGGGUCAGCCUCCGAGAAAACCCUAGCGCUCCGAAAGGUGUCCCGGUCUGGGAAAAACUUCAAAUAGGCCAGAUACUUAAACAUAUACUUCAGCAGCAAUCUUACAGCCGAGUCAAGCAAGCCCUCCCUUUGCACAAGCAGGCAGCUUGA